UAAGCCAUACCAGUUAUUCACUGGGAACAAGUCGUUGACGAUGUUUGGGCGAGUGAUCUUCCUUCUGUAUUUGCCAGCAAUAUGUUUUUCAUUUGCUCUGUUUCCCAAUGCUGGCCACAAGACACAGCGUCGUCAGAAUCCUGAGAACAUGGUGAACGUGUCCUAUGGCCAAGCAGAAGAGGAUCCUUGCAUGGGAAGGCUCAGUCCCUGCGUGCAGAACCUCCGUGAUAUUUUUGCCGUGAAUGGUCCACAAGACGUCGUUGUUGAUGGGAGACUUGCUGUACCGUGCGAGUCAAACCUCCUUGAGGAAAGCCGGAACUGUAUUGGCUCUGCCAGUGAGUGUAGGAACCACGACUUAUACAGGGACAUGCAAAGCGCUCAGAUGCCAUGGGAAUUCAUUUGCCAGAACAGUCAAGCAUUUGUAUCGGGGGAAGACUGCUGGAGAAGCUCGAACCUCACGACAACGAUCCGUGGGUGCCUUCAUCCGUAUAUCCAGUGUGUGCCGACUUGCAUCAGAAAACGUGUGGCAGAGGUACCUGAUUGCUCAGCAGAAGAAGCCAAGCUCUUGGGUCGCCUGGCUGUCACAGUCUUGGAUGAAAGCGAAGUUUCUUGCUAGAUUCAGUUCACGAAACUCUCUGUAUAGAAGAAUGGCUAACAAAUUCCAAGGUGUCACUAACAUUCACAAUGGACCGACCAUACAGUCCUUAGAUGUUGCCUGAUGUGAGAUGUGCACUCACUUGAAAACGAAAAUAAAAAAGUCCGUGGAAUAAA